CUCCUCUGUCGCUCAGACUGUGCUGAACAUGGCGGCGCUUGGACGUGUUUCCCAGUCGCUCCUCCGCUCGGCAGCCGGCCCGGCUCGCCAGCUCUCCGCCGCGGCCCACGCCGAGCAACACCAGGGAGGCCGGAUGUGGAAGGUCCUGACGUUCGUGGUGGCUCUCCCUGGUGUGGGCGUCUGCAUGCUCAACACCUACCUGAAGGCCCAGCACCACGACCAGGAGCAGCCCGAGUUCAUCCCCUACACACAUCUGCGCGUGCGCAGCAAGCCCUUCCCCUGGGGUGAUGGGAACCACAGCCUGUUCCACAACCCCCACGUCAACCCCCUGCCCACUGGCUACGAGGAGUCGAACCACUGAUA